CUUUUUCUGUCACAAAUGUCAACAGUGUUGAGUGUGCUUUGAAAUGGAAAUGAAUUUACUGUAAUUUGUUAUAUUUUUAUUGUGAAAAGCAGUGUCAGCUGAUUUUUCAACUAAUGUGCGUUCCUCGACUACAAUGAAAUCAAAGGGCUACUUUAUAAUUACCAGGGGGUUGUAAGUCGCCUUCACAAUGAACACCAUCAUGCGGAAGUUGACGAGGGGAGGCGCCACCCCUUCCUCCACCUCAUCGUCUGAAGUUUCAGACGGCCCCUCGUCUCCGCACACACAAUUGGGACUGAUGCACUUGAAGAAACUCUUUUCUGAAUACACGCAUCCCUCCCAUCCAUUCACCGAUCAAGAAAAAGAUGAUAAGCUCUACAAUAUGCUGCCGCUUUUUUGUAAGGUGUUUGGUUCGAGCCCGACAUGUGACAUGAAUGAAAAAUUCUGGGAUAUCCUCGCGUUUUGCCAGCAAGUGUCGCUCCUGAUGGUCUCGGAGAUAAGGAAAAGAGCAUCGAAUCAAAGUACCGAGACCGCCAGCUGCGCUAUUGCCAAAUUUCUGGAGAUCGAAAACUGCGAAGAGUCCAGCAACGGUUGGAUGCUGCUUUCCACUUUGAAUCUACUGGCUGCGGGAGAUUACACGCUUGUACAGGUUAUGUCUGAGGUAUCAGUGCCGUCAACUCUAGUAAAAUGCUUAUAUUUGUUUUUCGAUUUACCGGAAUUAUCUGAAAAAGAGGCAAACACCAAAGAUACGAACAGUGAUUUUACACCGAAAGAAAGACGUAUACUUUUGCAAAAGAUUUUCGUACAACUUUUAAUGCGUCUGUGCAGUCAUAGGAUACCAGCGGAAGAAUUGGCCAGGAAGGAUGAUUUGACGUUAUUAUUUUCUGCGAUAACAUCAUGGGUGCCGGCUUAUAAUGUCAUGUGGAGGAAAAGUGCAGCAGAAGUUCUCAUGACAUUAUCCAGACACGGUUUAACGCCUCUUGUCGUCGGAUACAUUCAUUCGAAAUCCUGUGUUAAUUUAUGCAUCGAAAACAUGAAAAAAGUUCCCGAAUUAGCUCCAUUGGAAUUAGUAGAAAUGUUCGUAACAUUGUUUUGCUUCUUAAAAGAUUCCAGCGAGGUAUCCUCCACGUUAUUGGACGAUUUUAGGCAAGCUCAGGGCUAUCCUUUCCUAUCAGAUUUCCUUCUAAAGUUCGAAAAUGACAAUUCGAGCGAAGCACAAGAAACCAUAAGAAAUUUAGUGUUGAUGGUCACUUCACUUUGCACGUGCGGGUAUUUGGAAUUGAAACCGUCUCAAGCGUCUACAGGGUCUUUAUUUCAAAUGCAAGGUUUCGUAUUACCUCAGCCAUCAGGUAGAGGUACCAGCGUACGAAAUAUACAGGCAUUCCACGUUCUUCAAAGCACUUUUCUUAAAUCGAACUCAUCCCUUCUGUGCUCAACAAUCCUGGACGCCAUAUCGAACAUAUACCAUUCAGACAAUUCUAAUUAUUUCAUUUUGGAGAACCAAAACACCCUUAGCCAAUUCACCGAAAAAAUCCAAUACAAGCCGGCGGAAAUUCAGCAAAAAUUAUUCGAUCUGAUCGAAUUUUUGGUCUAUCAACUGAAUUUCGUGCCUUGCAAGGAAUUGAUAUCGAUGUCAAUAUUUUUGAAGACGCACAGUUCCAACUAUACGGAUUGCAGCAUUUUGUCCAUGCAAACUUUGCUCAAUAUCCUCAGACACAAUCCCAUUUUUAAGGAUGUGUAUCGUGAGGUUGGUUUGCUGGAAGUUGUCGUUACUUGCUUGAACAAAUACGGGGUCGUACUUGAAGAUAAGAAAGCCUCAGGGAAUAAUACGAAAGACUACAAACAAGUUUCGAAGCAAGAAAAAUUAGGAGAAUUAGUAGUUGAAGCGUUGACAAUCUUGUUGACGGGCAACAGCGCGAACGCAACUGUACUAAGAGAAUGUGGCGGUGCCAAGUGUGUGCACAAACUCGUACAGUAUCCAGAAUGCAGAAACGCCAUAUUAGGAAUUAUUAAGGAACUCGUUUUGACGACAGGCGGCGAUGAUGAUAUGAUGCAACUAUUAAAUACUCUACAUUCUGCAUCGAGAACCGAAUUGCAAGUCAAAAUCGACAUUUUGGAAGCUUUAAAGCUGUGUUUGAAAGAAUCGCAUAGAACUAGAACAGUAUUUAGAAAGGCAAACGGAUUCGUUUACGUUACAAGCGUUCUCGUAGCCUUAGAGGGUCGGUUGAGUAAAAAAGAAACCAAUCCGGAGGUACUGUACCUCCUGAGUCUGGUCUUUCAAACGAUUUGUACGGCGAUGCGUUUCGAACCGGCCAACGCGAAAUUAUUCUAUCAUGAAAUUUGCCGAACUAGCCUUUGUGAUACCAUAAGAUUGCUGGGGUGUUUUUCUAACGAAAAAAUACCACAUAUCAGCGAAAUUGAUUUCGAAGCGCCCUGCAAUGGAUAUCAGGAUAUAUAUCAGAGUUUAUUUAUUGGAUCUGUAACAAAUGUUGAGAUUCCAGAAGAAAUAUCACCAUCUCUAGCUUAUACAACAAUAGUUUACAGGCUUCUAUACGAUCUGUCAUUAGAUUUGUUUGAUAAAAGCUUCAAUACAAACAUAUUUUCCAUCAAAUCUCCGCCAAUGUCUAGAGAAUCGAGCAUCCAGGGAGACAGUAACGGAAAAAGAACUGUCAAUACGCUAAAUUUAAGCCCCCCUGCUCCAGACCCAAUCAUAGUCCAUCCUGGAGUAGUUGUCUGUAUGUUGCAACUUUUGCCAUGUAUAAAAGAUGAUCAUUUCGAAAUGUACCUGAGCCUGCAAUUGUUCAUAGCAGAAAUAAUUAAAUCUUUAGUGCGAAGUGAAAGAAACCAACAAGUGAUGUGCGAUAAAAAUUUCGCCAAUUACUUAUUGACUAUCGGUUCUGAACCCUUGCAAAACGAAAACCAUCCCUUACAUAAUUCACUACAGUACAUGCUGGAAAGAUUAGCAGCCCAAGCCAUCGAACCAAAGGAUUUGAGGCAGUUCUUGAGAUUAGGGAAUCCCCUUUGCUGUCUCAAUUUAGGUUCUGACGAACCUGGAGGUUAUCCUGUCCCAUUGACUAGGAUUAAAACGUUGGUAUCUAUGACGACUCCGAAAGAUUUUAGAGCACAAUCUUCGUAUACUUUACCACCUUUUGUGGAAUUUGAUAUGUCAGCUGAAGGAUUCGGAUGCCUGUACCUGCCAAGCAUCGCGCCGCAAUCACCUUCAGCGCCUAGCGUCGUUUCGACAGUUGACAGCAAUGUUCUAGGAGGCAUAGGAGCCGGGGACAGGAUGUUUCCUCCACAAACAGGAUUGAGUUACUCCACAUGGAUUUGCGUCGACAAAUUUUCCGAUCCGAGAUCUGAUCCCCAUUGCGUCCGUUUACUCACUCUCGUCAGAAACUUCAAUGGUGCUCGAGAGGACCAUUUGGUGUGUCUUUCGAUAGUUUUGUCAGCCAGAGAUAAAGCGAUCAUAGUUUCUACCCAGGAGACGCACAUUCCCAACCAUGUUGGUGAUUGGGAGCCCGAAGGGCAAGGUGAACAUGGCGCACGCGUUUGGUGCCCCGAUAUUCUUCAAGAGGGUCAAUGGCAUCAUCUCGUCGUUGUAUUAAACAGGGCUGUAUUGAAGAAUUCAUCAUUUUCUCUAUAUUUGGAUGGGCAACAAAUCCAUAACCAAAAAAUGCAUUAUAUAUCACAAAAUCCCGGUGGUGGCUCAGCCAAUUUGACAGUUGCUUCGUCUGUGUAUGGAUACAUCGGUUCGCCGCCAUCUUGGAGGCGAUAUUCUCGAUUAUGUUGGAAGCAGGGUCCUUGUCAUUUAUUCGAAGAAGUUUUGCCUCCAACUACUGUGACUUACAUGUACCAAUUGGGUCCUCACUAUAUGGGAUCGUUUUUAGCCCCGAAUUUAAACAACCCAGAAGUGGGACAAUUAGUGACUGAAGAAAAAGUCGUGUUUGGAUUAAACGCGAAGGCUGUAUCUCAAUUAACUUUAAACAAAAUUCGAAAAGUUUACAGUAGAACCGACAACAAAUCUAUAGCCAAGCAGUUGGGUAUGUCGAGCCACGAAAGUGCUACCCCUAUCAGAAUUCUACAUAAUUCGGCGGGACAUUUGGCAGGAUCCGCAAGAACGCUAGGAGGGGUCAUAAUAGGGUAUUUAGGAGUUAGAGUAUUUUGUGCUCGACCCGUAGCAACAACUAUAGAUGCUGUGGGAGGAUGUGCAGUUCUGUUAGGUCUUAUAGCCAUGGCCCAAGACGUUGAAAGCCUUUACGCUGGAGUAAAAGCUUUGGUUUGUGUAGUAAAGAGCAAUAAAGUCGCCCAAGCCGAGAUGGACAGAAAGAGAGGUUAUCAAACAUUGGCUAUGCUGCUUAGAAGAAAGAGGACUUUGUUGAAUUCACAUAUCCUUCAUCUUGCAUUCAGUUUGGUUGGAACUGUCGAUAGCGGAAGAGAAUCGUCCGCCAUUCCAAAUAAAACCGCUUUUCAGGACUUGCUGUGCGAUUUGGAAGUUUGGCACGAGGCUCCAGGUGAACUAUUAAGGUCCCAUCUGGAGCACCUUUACGAGUUAGCUGCCGAAUCGAACGAAAAAAGAAACAAUGCUUGGGUGAUGCGAGAACUUCAAUUGGUAGAAAAAUUGCUCCAUAUUUGUCCCGAUGUUAGACAUCCUGCCACGAGACAAGUCUUAUUCUCCUUACUGAGCGUUCUGCUUAGCAGUCAACCACGUCAGAAUGACUUGCUGCUAUUUGGACAGUUUAUAGCCUCCACUUUGCCUUCAAGCGGUGACGAAUUAGAGAAAAAUAUCGAAUUGAGAGAAGGAGACACAGAAAGAGAGGGUGAAGGAGAGCAUAUUUUGCUGAGGAACAGGUGCUUGGGGUUGUUGCACUCGAUGAUUUUUUCCAGCAGGAAUCAUAUUGGCGAAGAGAUUGUCAAAACGUUGGGUUUUGAUUGGUUGUUGCUGUUCAUGCAACAAAAUUUGCAUUACACCACAGUCAUUUGGGCUGUAAGGAUGUUGGUGGCGAUUUGUUCUAGUCCCUCACUCUUAUGUCGUUUUCGAGAAGGCUGCAGCAACGGCGGUUGGCUCCGCUACACUGAUCAAGUGUCCCACAACAAAAUGGUGGUAGUUUUGGGCUACCAGCUCAACAGUCUUCACUGCAAUGAUAUCAAAUCUGAAGCCUUACAAAUUCCUGGCUUCAAAUUUCUCGGUUGGUUGCUGCCUUACCAUCUUGAAAUAUCGGAAAUAUAUUUUUUGCUGACCGCACUGAUGAUGGGACAACCUGCCAAAUUGUUACCGGGUGAAAUGAAGUUCGAUUUGGAUUCCGUGUGGGCGUUUCUUUGGGGUGGAUCUAUCAAUAAUCAGACUAUUAACAGCGUUAUGCCCAGGAUAAAUUUGUGUUCGGAGGCUGUCGUCGUUCUGUUAGGGAUGACUAAAGCUAUGGUACAUGCAGAAGAAGACAGUUUACCUGUGUGGUUGCAGAAUCAUCCAAUAUCUAUUGUACAAGUCUUAUUUCAACUCUAUCACAACAUGCCAGAAUUUAUGCCGAUUUUUAUGUCUUCUGAAGUAUUAGGUGCUUUAGCGGGUGUCCUAUUUCUUCCAGUUGUUAAUAACGGCAGCUUAGAGAGCAGUGGUGCUUCAACUCCAGCAGGUGAAGAUGCUGAAACAUUAAUUAUGAUGUCUAAGACUCCAGACGAACAAAGCUUGAUCAAUCAUUCCGUUAGACAGUUCAUAGUCGACUUUAUAAGAGUAAUUGUGGUAGAUUCGUUAAGUUUACCUGUCACCGGCAAAAAUUCGCCAGUCAUCGAUUUAGUUUUAGAUGCUUAUCCAGAAAAAUCCAGUGUCAGUCAACAAAUUUGUUACCAGACAGAGAUAGUCGUAACUUUAAUGGAUCACCUGUUAGCUGCAGACAUGUUGGUAGGGGACCAAGCCGCUAUACCAAUUGUGCCCUUACCUAGUGCUCAUAUACAAUACGUUGCUCCUAACGUGUUCUACUUAACGGCAAGAAUUGUCGACAAAUUAUGGCAGGGGUGUCUUACGAAAGACCCUCAUGAAGUCUUUGAUUUUAUUGUAAAAUUGAUUGGUCAAGCUAAAAGAAGAACGGGCAAUAUCAGUUUGGAAAGCUUGUACCAUUGUUUGAAUAGGAGCAUUCUGUUUUUGUUGAGCAGACCUACUGACAGCAUAGCAGAUCAAAUGUCUGUGUUGGAAGCUCUGCACAAAUUGACAACAAAUAGGUUAAUAGUAUUUGGUGCUGGUAAUCAUGAACUGGAUUUUGUGGGCUGCCUGACUUACUGUCUUUUGCAACUGACAGCUGAUAUGAAAAUUAUGUUGGAUUCGAAUAUGAAGACCACUUGGCACGUUAAUCCCAGUAGUGACUUGGAAUCUAGAGAUGAACAACUUAACUGCCACCAGGGUAGAAAUUUGAUGGCUGGAGCUGCUCUGCGAGUGUGGGAGGAGCUUUACGUUUGCAAAAAACCUGCGAUCGAGGAAGUUUUCAAGGUCACAAUGGCACAGCCUCAUCAGAACUCCAAAGCACCAGAUCUUCUUCUGGUCAGAGAUCAAGUUUUUGAUGCUGCAUCAAAACUUUGGUUGAAUUAUGUAGAAGGCGAGCGAAAGGCUGCUUAUAGGGUACCCUUUGAACUGCACAACCAAAUACAGUCUAAAAUUCAUAAAGUAACUGGAGGUCUAACUCGAUUAGCAAGCAGGACUAAAGUUAAAAAAGAUGAAACCAUCAAAGUUACUAUCAGAAUGGGCAAAAAACAAGCGUUUCAGUGGACGUCUACGCAUAUUAACCUUUUGAAAGGUCUGAUGGAAAUGAGACGCCAGCAACACCAAAAUACGUCACAACACACCCAAAGGUACGUCCACCAAGAGUGGCUACAAACCGAAAACGAUCUUACUAGGGAGAGAGGACUAUGGGGACCCCCGGAACCAUCACAUUUAGACAAGUGGAUGAUGGAUAUGACCGAAGGUCCAAAUAGAAUGAGAAAAAAGACCAUGAAAAAUGAUUUGUUUUAUCUUCACUAUCCAUAUCGGAUAGAACAAGAAAAGGGGCUGUUAAAAUAUAAGGUGGCUCUGAGCAAUCACAGCAAAGAAUACUACAACUCAAUCCAAAAGCGUAAACACCUAGGUAUGAGUGGCAUGAUGGAAACAGAAAGAUCUGAUAGUGUCGUUGAGGAACCAUCACCUCUACCUUUCGCCCCUGCUCUUUCCCAGCUAGCUAGGUUGAGGUCAGAUCCCGAGGAUCAACAGGAGGAAGGCGAUGGGGAAGAUGAGCAUUCAGUGCAGCCCGACAAUCAGACCUUAAUGAGAUUACUGGAAGCCAACGAAAAGAUUACUUUCAUGUUUCGAUGCGCUAGAAUUCAAGGAUUAGACACCACGGAAGGCCUUUUACUCUUCGGUCAAGAGCAUUGUUACGUGGUAGAUGGUUUUACGUUGCUUAAAAAUCGUGAAAUACGGGAUAUCGAUAGUGUACCAAUGAACGCCAACGAAUACGAACCGAUUGUACCUAAUCCUGGAUCGCCUAGGCGAUCCAGAGCAAUGAGACAGUGUUCGAAGUUUUCUUAUGAUGAUAUUAGAGAAGUUCACAAAAGACGAUAUUUGCUUCAACCGAUGGCCCUAGAGGUGUUUUCUGGGGACGGUAGGAAUUAUUUGUUAGCGUUUCCGAGAAAAAUUAGAAACAAAGUGUACCAAAGGUUUAUGUCGACGGCCACUGGGAUAGCGGAUAGUGCUCAACAAUCUGUAGCUGGUCAGAAACGUACGGCGAACGUUGAACAAGCCACAGGUUUGUUGAGUAAUCUGAUCGGGGAGACUAGCGUGACACAGAGAUGGGUGAGAGGUGAAAUAUCGAAUUUCCAGUAUUUGAUGUACCUGAAUACAUUGGCAGGAAGAUCUUAUAAUGAUCUCAUGCAAUAUCCAGUAUUUCCUUGGAUUUUAGCAGAUUAUGAUUCCGAAGAACUGGAUUUAACUGAUCCCAGUACUUUUAGAGAUUUUACUAGACCAAUGGGAGCACAAAGUCCCGAUAGGCUGGAACAGUUUAAAAAAAGAUUCAAAGAAUGGGACGAUCCCCAUGGCGAAACUCCCCCCUACCACUUCGGUACUCACUAUUCCAGCGCCAUGAUAGUGUGUUCUUAUUUAGUGAGAUUGGAGCCAUUCACGCAGCAUUUCUUACGCUUACAGGGUGGCCAUUUCGAUUUGGCCGACCGCAUGUUCCAUUCCGUCAAGGAGGCCUGGCUAUCCGCCUCCAAACACAACAUGGCCGACGUCAAAGAACUGAUACCAGAAUUUUUCUACUUGGACGAGUUUUUGAUGAACUCAAAUCAAUUCGAUCUAGGUGUUAAACAAAAUGGAGUGAGUUUGGGGAACGUUGUUCUGCCUGCAUGGGCUAAACAGGAUACUAGGGAGUUUAUAAGAGUUCAUAGACAGGCUUUAGAAUGCGAUUUCGUAUCAUUAAAUCUGCACCAUUGGAUCGACUUGAUUUUCGGUUAUAAACAGCAGGGUCAGCCCGCAGUUGAUUCCGUUAACGUUUUUCACCAUCUUUUUUACGAAGGAAAUGUUGAUAUUUAUAACAUUGAUGAUCCCUUAAAGAAGAACGCCACUAUCGGAUUCAUCAACAAUUUUGGCCAAAUUCCGAAACAGCUGUUUAAAAAACCGCAUCCUUGCAAAAAGAUGUAUGGAAGCAACAACAGGACCUCCGUCAUCGACACGGGAAGUUUAGUGCAGGCUUUUACCCUUCCUCCACCGGAAAAAUUGUUUUUCCAUCAUUUGGACAAUCUAAGACCUUCUUUGCAACCCAUUAAAGAAGUGAAAAGCCCCGUAGGUCAAAUUCUGCACGUGGAUCGUUCGGUGCUGGCUGUAGAACAGAAUAAGGUCUUGAUGCCGCCAAGUUUCAAUAGAUACGUGGCGUGGGGGUUCGCUGAUCAUUCUCUUCGCAUAGGCAACUACGAAAGCGACAAAGCAGUGUUUGUGUCCGAAAGUGUUGUACAGAAUAACGGAGAAAUUUUGGCUUGCGUCUGCCCGUCUCCUAAAUCGAUCGUUACAGCGGGAACUAGUUCGGUCGUGACUGUAUGGGAAUACGAAGCUCGUAAGAAAUCGCUGUCAAUAAAACACAGCUUGUACGGUCAUACCGACGCCAUAACUUGUCUAGCUACGAGUCCAGCUUACAACGUCAUUAUAUCCGGAUCUAGAGACUCGUCGGCUAUAAUUUGGGAUCUAUCCAGAGGCGUUUUCGUCAGACAACUAAGAGGCCAUGCCGGACCUGUGGCUGCAGUAGCUGUCAACGAUUUGACGGGAGACAUUGCGACUUGUGCUGCUACCUGGUUGCAUGUGUGGAGCAUAAACGGCGACGACCUGGCCAGCGUAAACACUUGUGUAGGUUCAGCUGACAGAAUGCAACAAAUUUUGUGCGUCGCAUUUUCUCAAACGCACGAAUGGGAUUCUCAAAACGUCAUUAUGACGGGAUCAACAGAUGGAGUUACAAGGAUGUGGUCAGUAGAUUAUGUUCAAGUGCCAGACGAUCAAGUUCCCAACCCCAUAAAUACAAAAUCGGAACCUCCAAAAUCGCCGAAGAGUCCAAAACUUAACGAAAGUGUCAGUAGGCCAUCUUCCAUUCAUCAUAAGCUUGUCAAACAAAUCAAUGUAUCAAGCAUUUCAUCUCUAGGAAAUUCUGGCAGCAGUUUGAUGAAGUCGGGCUCUGAAAGCAGCUUGUCCGAAGAAAAUACCAGAAGAACUUCCAUUGACAGACAAAUAAGUAAUGAAAGUAGUACAAAAGAAUGGAGGAGCGAGCAGCAAGAUGAAAAAGAAACUUGUAGCGAUACCGAGGAAUCUUCCAUGCCACCUGUGGCUCCAGUCAGAAGGAGAAGGUCGCGAGUACACGGAGGUUUUAUUAGAAAAAGUGAAGGUGGUAACAGUGCUGAAAAUCCGAGUUUGGAUAUAGAUGAUGGAUCCGGUUUGCGAACCAGUAAAUCGGACACCAGUUUGACGGAUUCCUUUGUGAUGAUUGCAGAGAAUAAGAAAAAAUCACCGAAUCCAAUGAAUACUUUAAGACCAGGAUUCAAAUGGCAAAGACAGCUCGUGUUUAGAAGUAAACUGACCAUGCAUACAGCUUAUGAUAGAAAGGAUAAUGCAGAACCAGCAUCAGUUACUGCCCUAGCUGUAUCAAAGGAUCAUCGAAGCGUGUACGUAGGCGACACUAGAGGGCGCGUGUUCUCUUGGAGCGUGUGCGACAUUCCUGGCAGAGCGGCUGAUCAUUGGCUUAAAGACGAAGGCGCCGAUUACUGCGCAUCUUGUAGCAUCAAAUUCAACAUUUACGAGCGCAAACACCAUUGCCGGAAUUGCGGACAGGUGUUCUGUUCGAAAUGCAGUCGAUUUGAAUGCGAAAUAUCGCGACUUAGAAUCCUGAAACCCGUCAGGGUGUGUCAGACUUGUUACGCAGCACUGAAAGUCGAUAAGUCUUAAACAUAUAUUAUAUUUGUAGACGUGAUUAAUUACCCAUGGCUGCCCUUACUGGUCUCUAAAAUAAUACAUUUUAGUAAAUACCGAUCAAAUUAUAACUCUGUGUCAAAGUUGUCGUUUGUUUUUCGACUUUUGACGUACGUCAAAAAUCCCUCAUGACAAAAGACAAGUAGUAAUAGGUUUAGCACUAUUUUCGUACGUUAAUUUUUGACUUAUGUCGAGAUAAAUACACCAAUAAUUGUGACAAGCGGCAAGUAGUUUUAUAGGUAUAUUUAAUGUUUGUAAUAGCGUUUUUUGGGUAGUCAUAGGGAUUUCGAUCAUACUUUCUCCAUCCAUCGCAUUGCAACACUCAAAAGUAGCGAAUACGUUUCCGCAGAUCUUAUUCUAGAAUUAUGAAGAAUAAUCCAUAUUAUAUUAAAUUUCAUGUGGGAUGUUUCAAAGUUGUUUAACCAAACUAGUAGUAAAUAAUAAAUAAAAACAUUAUAGAGUUGUGAAUUUAGGGUGACCAGAUUUAUUUGCAGAAAAGUAGGACAACCAGGACAAAAAGCCUGAUUUUUAAUAAAAAAAACCUGACAUUUAACAAAUAUAUUUAAAUAAAAAAAUGUAACAAUUUCUACUUAGGUAAAAACUACUUAUACUUUUCAGAAGAACCAAUUUCUUUUAAAAUAUUGGGAUUGUCCAUAAAAUAAUUAUAAUAUUCCUCACAAGACGUUUUUAAAUUAAAUUUUAAUAUUAUGAGGCUUUUUAUUGAUUCGACAGAUAGAUAAACGGUUUCUUUCUUUGGUCCACUGCGCACUUGCCAGCUUGAGAAAGUCGGAACCAGGAAUAAUGAUAAUGUGCGUUUCUAGUUAUUUAGAAUUUUCGAUUGAUAAAAAGCCGGACACGACAAAAAGCCGGCCUGACGUUUUCAUUUAAGCGAAAAAGCCGGACAUGUCCGGCUUUAUCCUGACGUCUGGUCACCCUAGUGAAUUAUAAAAGUAAUUUCGUUCAGUAGAUGAAUAAUGGGGGAACAAAAUGCACAGGUCCUAUAGGGUUUCUCUAAAAGUUAAAGAUCCAAGUAAAUUCAAUAUUCCAGAGUGUUAUAACACAUUUUUAUCACACUCUUAGUAUAUGCUAUAAUAAUAAUUUCAUAUUAAUUAAUAUUAGUUUGUCCGAUAAUAUAAGCAGGUACAUUUGGAAUAUUUGUAUAAGUACUAGUUGAAAAUGAAAAUAAAAAAUCUUUUGAACCUUUUCAGUGAGUAAAUUAUUUUAAAAGUAUCACGUUUAUUGUUAUUUUUGGUUUCACUGUUUUGAAACAUCCUGAAUAAGUUUUAUCAAUUGUAAUUUUCCAAUAAAUCCAGGAAAAUGUUAUUUUAAAAUUAAGUACGCGGAUCGGUGAUAUUUUUAACGAGGAACAUUUUAAAAUAAUUGUAUAUUUAUUGGCUUUCGUAUCCAAAUGUGGUACUUUCUCGUUUAAAAAUGCCGUUCCGAGUAGUUUGUUAAAUUUAAUCAUAUAAAAAAAAACAUACUUACCAAAUGUAAUUUUUGUAGUGCAAAGAAUUGUCGAUCGUAUUUUUUUGUGUAUAUUUUUUAAGGUUGUUUUUUUUAAAUUUUUUAAAAUAUUUAUUGUGCGUCUGAUCUAAUUUUAAUGCUUAACAGCAAUAUAUUCUUGGCUAUACCAUACUUUUUUCUACAUUUCAUAUAUUUUUAAGUGUUUUUAUUAUUUUAUAUUUUAUUUAUAUGUGAUUCUAAAUCACACAUUUAUUUUUACACUUGUUAUAACACCAAUUUGUUAAAUAAUUUUAUUAAACAAAAUUAAUUUAGAAAAUUCCGAGCAUUCAAAAUAAUUUUUAAGAAAAAAGUAAAUUUUAAAUAUAGAUUACCAAAUUAUUUUGCAUGCAUCAAAUUUUUGUGGACACUGUAUACAUGUAAAAAAAUCAACUCUUUAUCCCAGUCUUAAUAAAACUUGAAAUUGUAGAAUGCCAUGAAAAUUCAUCUACUUAAAAAAUAUUAAUAGAUAACUAGUUGAUUUUUAUAAAUUUUUAUUUUUAUAGUGAAAGUAUUAUUUUAAACAGAGCAAUAUAUUAUAC